GGUCGGCUGGGAAGCCAUCGCCCGCCCUGCCGCGCGACCUCGAGCCUGGUUCGUUCACCGUUCUGCAUCGCCCCGAAUCGCCCCGAAUCGCCCCGCAUCGCCGGGGAUCUGCCUGUAUCCCAUCAGCCGCCGCUCGCUAUUUGUCGUCUGCAAGUCGACCCCGAUCGCUCGACCAUGACCCUCUCGUCGCUGGCGCAAGCCGCCGUCUUCCUGCUCAACUUUGCCCUGGCGUUCUACGCUUCCCUCGCCUUGAUGCGGAUUCUACUCUCUCCAAGCUCCGUCUCUCUGUUCACCCUUCAUCCCCUCCUGGCGAUCGGUGCGCUGACGCUGACCAUCCGAGCUACGCUGUCGUUCCCGCGCUACCAGUCGUUGGGCCCAGCGCCUACGCUGGCCAGACACAUCGAUAGCCACGGCAACUUUCAGUUUUUGUCCGGCCUGGCGCUCUCGACAUCGGUCUACGUCAUAUACAGCAUGAAGGAUCAACACUGGCAGACCAGCCAUGGCAAGCUCGGCAUCACAACAUGGGCCGUCAUGACCCUGGGCCAACUGCUGCCGGCCUGCAUCUGGAGCGGCAAGAGAUACCGUGCGAUCCACACAGUCGUGGGCACCGUCGCGUCGGUGCUGCUCUUUGCCACCCAUGGCCUUGGGCUCUACAAGAAGACGAUGAACGUGGAGAAGGAGCGGGAUUUUGUGUGGUGGGGCAUGGCUGCGUCGCUGCUCAUCGGGGCCGGCUCGGUCGCUGUGCUCGGAGCCGCUGCGCUGCUGCGUUCGCAUCAAGGCCAAACGAGCAAGUCCAGCAAGGAGUGAGUGCCUAUCCCGCGAUGGUGGUGGAUACGGACUUGUCGCUCGUAGGGACCAGCCCCCAAGGCAGAUCGUCUCGCCUCCCCUCGUUUCUGCUAAAUAUAAGUCGAGCUCGGGACAUCUCCAUGGCAA